AUGACGACGACCGCGGCGGGGUCGGAGUCGUCGUCCUCCUCCUCGACCCCGGCGGUGCUUCCGGUGGGGUUCCGGUUCCGUCCGACGGACGAGGAGCUGGUGCGGCACUACCUCAAGGCCAAGAUCGCGGGGCGGGCGCACCCGGACCUGCUGGCGAUCCCGGACGUGGACCUGGCGGCGGUGGAGCCCUGGGACCUCCCCGCCCGCUCCGUCAUCAAGUCGGACGACCCCGAGUGGUUCUUCUUCGCCCGCCGCGACCGCCCCAAGUACCCCGGCAAGUCCUCCCGCUCCUGCCGCUCCACCGCCGCCGGGUACUGGAAGGCCACCGGCAAGGACCGACUCAUCCGCGGACCCGGCCCGGGGGGCUGCAGGGGGAAGGGCGCCCUCAUCGGCGUGAAGAAGACCCUGGUGUUCCACCGCGGCCGCGCCCCACGCGGCGCACGCACCCCGUGGAUCAUGCACGAGUACACCGCCACCGACCCAAACCCCCAAUCCCAGUCCCAAUCCCAGUCCCAAUCCCAAUCCCAAUCUGCAGGCCCCCAAAAUGAUAGCUUUGUUCUGUACCGCCUGUUCAACAAGCAGGACGAAGAGGCCCCGGCGCCCAUUUCAGAACCCCCGUCCACGUCGCCUCCAGCCAAUCCGCUGCUACAGCAAGCCGACGACACGGCCAGCGCCUCCAUGGUGGAAGACAAGGCCUCGCCAUCUGAUUCGACCCAGCUGACUCCGACCAAUGUUACUAAUGAUCACUCCUCCACGGCCCAUGUUCUUGCAGCCACAGCCACCGGCGCCGCAGAGCAGUCAGCGGAUCAGGAUGCUUUUAUGGCUUCGUUGGAGCAGCUUCCAGACAUAGAGCUACAGGCCGAGCAUCAGAGAUACGAUGAAUUCCCUAUGUUCAAUUCCCCGAUGCGUCCUUACACGGAGUUCCCUUUCAUUGGCAACAUGGGUGAUGCGCAGCAUGACUUCUCCAUGUAUCAGGACGGUACCAUAAAUCUGGAUGACAUCCUGCUCACUCCAGCCUAUGACGAAACGGGCGCGUCCAAUCCUACAGGCUCAUGGACUCCUUAUCCUGAAGAUCUGUUGGACUCUAUGCUAGAAUCGGGCAGGAGCGACAUAAUAAAUUCAAUUGGCCAAGAUAUGGGCUCUAUGGGGGCAGCACCCUCGGCGCAGCAGCAGCCCACAGCUCCAGUAGAGUUGAUGGACCUGCAACAAGGGAUUGCGGCAAGGAGGAUCCGGCUUGCGUACGCUGUUGACAGGGCAUCGGCGUCUCAGCCUAUAUUAGCUUGUGACUCGGAAAGCGAAGAAGGUGAGGGCGAAUCAGCAGGCUGUAGCACAGAAAGUUCAUCCAGCAACCAUGAGGAGGAUGAUCAUGUCAAUGAUGCACUUUUCCAAACUAUGGCUGGAGAUCUGAUGCAUAACAUGGCUCCUGCUCAAGCGCUGCUGGUUUCUCCCGUGGAAGUUGCAGACAAGCUCCAGCAUCUAUCAUUCAGUGAUAACAGCAUAUUGGAACAAGAAGAAGAUGGCAAGCCGCGUCGUGGAGCCGGUCUGAAGCAGAGGGUGAAGCAGGACUCGGGUCAAAACGGGCACGACCAGGACGGACUCGUGCGCAACAGUGGCUGCGUGCCUGGCCCUGGAGAUUCAUCUUCAGAAACCGCCGUGCGGAGGUCCCUGUGGGUGGCGCUCCUGGUGAUGGCCCCUCUGCUUGUGCUUGUGUUGGUUGGUGUCUGGAGGUGA